AUGAAACCGAGCACCAUGAGUGCCGCUACGCAGCGUUUCACGGAAAACGAUCGUCCGACGGCUAUCCGUCGGUUUUUCAGCAUAGUCAUUUUGCAGGUGUGUGUCGGAGACGGUGGCGUAUUCAAAGUCGGUUACGCAACGGCGGCAGUGACCGAUGAUAAACAGUUGACGGUUUUUCGCAGUUGUUGCGGUCGGAGCGCCGGCAGCCGAGAUUGUGUCGUUGGCGACGGACCUGAAGCGGCAGUCGAUAUUAUUAUUGCAGUAAUUAUUAUUGUCACGGCAGUUGUUGCGUUUGUCGUCGCGAAGGAGACUCCGGCGGUUGCGGCUUUGACGUUGACGGUGCAGACGGCGGUCGGAGGUGGCGAAGGUGUUGGCGAACGACAACGAGGCGCCCGGCGACAGCUCCGGCAUUGCGUUACGCUGGAGGCGCCCUCCGCGUGCAUGUCAGCCGUUCCCGCGGUCCCGUUCUGA